AUGUAUCCUCAAUAUUUCCUCCAAAGACGUCUUCCACGCGUACGGGCGCGCGGAAUAGCGAUUAAUCACUUGCAAGAUCUCAACGCAGAACAGCGCCAAGCUGUUUUCCACCCGUGUGACAUUCCGUUGCAAAUCCUAGCUGGUCCGGGAACCGGCAAAACAAGAGUGCUCACAGCUCGCAUAGCUGAUAUGAUCCUUAAUCGCGACCUACCUCCUCGGAGUAUCUGCGCAGUCACAUUCACAAAUAAGGCUGCUGUAGAGUUGCGGGAGAGGUUGUAUGAACUUGUAGGCGACGAAGCGAGUCAAAUAAGGACAGGCACCUUUCACGGGCUUUGCACGGUGUUCUUGCGAAAGUAUGCAGAUUUCGCCGGAUUGUCGAGCCAUUUCACAGUUUGCGGCGCAGGAGACAGGCAGAAAGUGAUCUCUGAUAUCCUCAAAUCAAAGGAGGAUUUCCAACCGCUUCAACGGAGUGUGAAAGUCCUCGAAUCCAUGUUGUCCAAGAUGAAGGGUCGUGGCCACACAGCGGAAGAUUUCCUGCAGUACGACUUCGACAUCACGCGUUAUCAUUUCUCAGACGUUCGCAUUGCGCCAUCGUUGGGCGACAUACAUAGACUCAUCGGAGAGGUAUUUGAACGAUACGAGACGUCGAUGAAAACAAACAGCAGCCUGGACUUUGACGAUUUGAUAACACAGGGAGUAAAGCUAUUCUCUCAGGCCCAUCCCUUGAGUCGAUGGUGUCGACACCUGUUCGUCGACGAGUUUCAAGACACUGAUGCAAUGCAAUACACAUUGAUUCGUCAUCUUGCUAUAGAGAAUAAUGGCUUGACGAUUGCAGGAGACCCGGAUCAAUCCAUCUACGGAUGGAGAUCUGCUGAAAUUGAGAACUUCAAUAGGAUGAGGCGAGAUUUCCCACAUACGGAACGAAUUGCUCUUGAGGUUAACUAUCGGUCAACGGGAGCCAUCUUGAAAGCUAGCAUGGCGAUCAUCGAGCAAGAUUGUAAUCGAGUUUCAAAGACUUUGCGCUCCAAUAACGAGCGUGGUGCAACUCCAUUGUACCGAACUUUCGUAGAUAGGAAUGAGGAAGCGAAGUUCCUUGCGAACGAGAUCAGGCGAAUCAUCGGCGAAUCAAGGGGGAAGUGGCACUACGGAGAUGUCGCCAUUCUCGUGCGCACUGCUAGCUUGACUAGAUACUUGGAAACUGCCCUACUCGAACAUGGCAUACCUUAUCGUUUAUUCGCUGGAACAAGAUUUUUUGAUCGUUCGGAGAUCAUGGAUUUGCUUGCAUAUCUUCAACUGGUCGACAAUGAUCACUUUAGACCAGCAUUCAAUCGUGUGAUCAAUCGACCAACCAGGUCCAUAGGAGAGAAGACCCUUUCUGCAAUCUAUUUGAAUGCCGAUCGCAUAAAGAUCUCGCCUUUGAAGCUUGUGGAACAAAUCCACGACGAUCUUGUCCCCGACGUCAAACCGUCGGCGAAGAAGAAACUUACUUCUUUUGUAGAGACAAUACGCAAAUUACGCAAGCUGGCGAAUGCUGGUUCACCACCUUCGGAACUGCUGAACAUACUCGUCGAGUCAAUUGAAUACCAGUCUUACUUGAAGCAGACUGAAGAAAAUUGGGAAGACCGGUGGCAAAAUGUGCAAGAACUGAUCAAUUUCGCAAGUGAACCUCAAAAUAUACCUCUACGUCGAUUCCUGCAAGAAACUAUGCUGACGACAAACGCCGACGCUCAGAUAAACGAUGACGUUGAGCAAAAGGUCACUAUUGCGACUUGCCACAUGGCGAAAGGACUGGAGUGGCCCAUUGUAAUGGUGCCUUCUGUUGUUAACGGUAGCUUCCCGGCUUCCUUCUCCAGCGAUGUGGAUGAAGAACGGAGGCUUUUAUUCGUAGCGUGUACGCGAGCUCAGGAAUAUCUGCACCUGACAAAUGCGGAAACGAAGACGGUGCCGGACGUGUCGAUGGACGUAGCUCGUCCACGUGAGCAUGCUGCCAGGAGUAAGACCCAGCUGUAG